AUGCCCUAUCCACGGCCCGUCUCCCCGGUCUCACUCGAAACAUGCGUGCCUUCAGAGCUAGAUUCAGAUGACCUACUCGCCUCGGAUGACGAGCUGGAUGACGCUGCCCGAGCUGCAAAGCGUCAGCGGGUCGAGAAGUUGGCGGAAUCUUAUCUGCAGGGCAAACCACUGUUGAUCCUCUCUGCGUCGCUGCGAGGCCCACUCAAUGACGGAUGGGUCAAUCCAUGGAAGAAGAAUAGGACGCGCGGGACUGGCGCACCGGCGAGGGUUUGCCAGAUAAAUGUCCCCGAGCGGGUGGUUCAGGAGACUGAUUUGCGGGCUCCGAAGUACCGAGAGGGUCUAUCGGUUAGUACUCGUCGCCCGGAGAUUCCUGCGACAUCGUGCAAUUCUCCUAGGACCUCGGUGCAAAAUGGAGACCGUUCUUCGCCCUCUAAAUCGCCACGGAGACAAUCCAAGGAACCCACCCCGCGCCCGGGGCAUACUGGGCAAAAUGGAGCAUUGCGACGAUCUCCCACUAAAACAAAGGAACCGCCGUCGUCAAUAGUGGAUGAUCGGUCAAUGAUGCCAAUGCCGCCUAGGACAGCAGACUGGCUGAAGAAGGAUCGGAAGCUCAUGAACUUCACCAAGUUCGAACCGCCGAGCUCGCCGACAAUAUCCAUGGCUUCUCGUCAGUCAGAUAAAGCUCGUCGACCGAUGCCGCGCUCUGUUCAAGUCCAGGUCCCACAGACGCCGGGAUCGCCAACAAAAUGCCCUCCUGUCAAAACGGUCCCACCGAAGACAGCCCAGAGUGCUCGUGCGAACUGGAACGGGCACCUAUCCCCGCAGUCGAUUCCAUCGGCUGCUUCAAAUUCACCCAGGGCCCUUACCGUUCCGAAAUUAUCACCAUUCCAACAAUAUCAACAGUCUCAUUUGUCACAGGAAGCGUCUCUCCGAAUCGUUAAUUCUUCCUCUCAGCUGCCGAGGUUUGAAUAUCGGAGGUGGCUCCGUGAACACUCGAGUCAACAGGGGAAGACUUAUCCUAUGCCAGAUGAAAGUAUCCUGCAAGAAGAGACCUUUUUGCAGGGCGACAGUCCCUUGAAAGAAAAGUCCAUAGUCGAUCCCGUACCUGCGAGGCCUAGUCCCGCUAAGGAUCAAGCAUUGGAUCCUGUUGAACCUGAACCUCAACCCUCGGCUCUUGAAGAAAUAGUAGUUCACAAUGGGGACUCCAUGAAGAAAGAUGCAAGCCACAGAACUUUGUCGAAAGAAACCAGGUUUGCAGAUGAGGAAGACUUCAUAGAAGACAAUCUUGCGCCGGAUCAGGUAGCAGGGGAAGAUGUCGCCGGGGAAGAGGCCGCAGCGCAAGAUAUUGCAAACGAAGAAGAUACAUCGACAUUCCAAAACACAGAUAUCUCUGGACCAACCGAACAGAACACCUAUGAUGAUCUCACUUCUGCCCAACAAGUGCCAGCACCUUUGGGGGUAUCAGAUCGGGUAACGUCAUUGCACUCGACGGCUUUGCCAAGAGGAGAUUCAGGACAAGACUCACCCCCAAGCCCCGAUACCCAGCUUUCGACCCAAGCUGCCCUUUUGCAUGCCCAGAAGUCUUUUCAAGACGACCUGGACAGUCCCGAAUAUUAUAAUCAACAUACACCAGAUCCGGACCGAGCAGUGCAUUCACCCAAUGCUUCACUUCACUCAGCAAAUGUCACUCCAUUCUACCGUCUAGAAGAGUCAAUUCGACGUGAUCUAGAGUGGAGUUCGAAAUCCAUGGACAAGGACGGGAUGCAUGCAAUGAGCACGCAAUUCAUGCUUGAUGCAGCUACACCUUUCAAUUUCAGCACCGAGCAAGCAGGUCAAGAUCGGAGCUUGAAACCUACGAACAGAACUAUGACUCAGGCAAUGAAUACGCAGUUCAUGCUCGAUGCAGCUACACCCUACGCCUUCAGCACAGAGAAGAGACAGCGUUCAUCCCGGCCGGACUCAGGCUCACCUACAACGAGAAACCCCAAGAGAAAAAGGACGGCCAAUAUCGGAAGCCCCUCCCCUUCUGCUAGGAGUCAAUCAGCAUCUAUCGACAACGAAUAUCACACUGCGGAAUCCCAAUCAGGUGAUGAUGAAGAAAGCCCACAUUCAGUGGCCCAACAGUUGGAUCACCAAUUAACGUACCAAUCUACCACAGAGGCGGCGUCCUUGCCCCUCACCCUAGGCGAAUCAAUGCCAACAACAGGCCAGGAUGGACAAGGUGUCCAUCAGGGAAUGGAGAGUUUCAACCUCAGUCAGGCAAUCGCAGAUGCUGGUAGUUGGCUUCAACAAAGUUUUGAUUUCAUGAAGGACAGCGCUCGACCGAGUCAGAAUCUCAAAGCGAUUCCUACCUCUGACAAGCACCCUUCACCUUUAAACAUGGAUCUAUCUCAAUAA